AUGAAUAGUAGAGAGUUAUCGUUAGUACCUGGAGGAGGAGGACUAUCAAACAUUCUAAUUCAACAAAUAUUGAAUGAGAUUGGCAGCAUUCAGGAUAUCAUAAGUCUUUUACUCACUUGUAAAUCAUUUUACUUUGAUUUCAAAUCGAUGUAUCUAAAUAAUAUAACAUUUAAACAUGUCUCUCAAUCUUUUUUAAAGAGUGUUGAAAAGAGUAUGGUUAAACAAAGAAUGGAACCUUUUGGUGAUCUAUUUCAAUCAUUGUCAGAGCAAGUCGUUGUUAGUCAAUGGCGCAAAAGAGAUAUUUUAACAAUCAAUACAUCUUACUUGUCAUCACCAAGCAAUAAUAAUAAUAAGGUUGACAAGGUGUAUGAUAAAGUCAUUGUUAAAUCAAAGUAUGUUGGAAAGAUCAAGAGGAUACCACCAACCAUCAAAUUAAAGUUAAUUGGUAAUAUGAACUUUGAACGUAUCAGAGAGACAUUACAAGACCCCAAAUGCUUAAAGGCACUGUCUGUAACCAACUGUAAUAUUGCUGGGUGUGCAUUGUCUCCAACGAUUGAAAACAUUCGAAUCAAGUUUAAUAGAAUAUCUGUAGUCCGGAUCACACCUAUUCUACCACCACCUCUGACAUUGGCAUGGCCAUCUUUGUUGACAUUCUUGACUAUUGUCUCGAAUGUAGCCCUUCCACUGGGCGUCCAAUUCCCAUCCACACUGACCAACCUCCGUCUCACGUUUACAACCCCUGUACACGUAUUCAAUUUCGAUCUAAGUAAUCUUGUGCAUUUGACAGGCCUACAAAUCUCAUCAAACACCACUCAACGUAUUCCAAUCGACAAUAUUCAACUCCCCGUCCCAAACACAUCGAUAAAGCUUAUUGACCUAGGAUUCUUCCCUGUCGCGGGGCAGGUGACACAAGACUUUCUAUCACCCAACCUAGAGACAUUGUACUGUCUCGAAUACGAGUGUUUUUCACCAUCUGUCAGACUCCCUCCAAAAGUCAUCGAAGUAAUCAUCGAUGAAUGCAGCGCUAGAAUAAUACCUGCAAACUUUUUCCCAGCAAGUCUCGAGAAACUGGACAUAACAUUUCUAAAUGGAGGUGGUAUUGCAUCAGGUGCAUUGGUUGAGGGAAUCAAAACAUUGUCAAUGAUGGAUUAUACAGGUCCAGUCACACCAGACUACAUACCAAACUCUGUAACAGAACUUAACGGUCAUGUAUCAAAUCCAGAGUUGGCAGUAUUUCCAAGCCAACUCGUUACUCUCACUUCAUCAAUUAACUUGACAGUACCGAUUCUAUUCCCUCCAAAAUUAAGUAAAUUAGAUCGUGUCAUUAUUGGGUCACCAUUAAUCUAUAUGCCAACAUCAUUACAAACAUUGUCAGGUGAAUUAUCGGCAUCAACCUGUGUUGGUGUGGUCAACGACUAUCCAGUCUAUUCAUUUCCACCGACCAUUUUAAUCAACAAUGAUGAUAGUUCACCCAAACACAAUCCACUACAUUACAUACUACCAUCGAAUCUCAAAGAGUUGAGUCUCCUAAUCGACGUUCCUGCAGAUGUUUUCAGUUUCAGGAUUGACCAAAUUCUAAACUGUUCCAAUGUUAAUAGACUAUCUAUCAGUCUCCCCAACCAAUUUGAGGAAUCUAUUUGUCUCUCUAUUCGACGAUUAGAAGAAGACAAUGAAUACAUAUUAGUGACGGAAACAGAUACUUUUAAUGGUGCAAUCAUCAAACAACAUAGAUUACCCAAAUACAACAACAACAACAACAACAAGUCUACCCAAAAGAGAGGUGUACUUGACUAUAAACCACUCUAUUUACAAUUCCAUAUUAGUAUGACAAGUGGGAUGAUCAAUAUCUAA